AUGGGUCACAGCCCUGCCACCAACUCCAACGACAAAGCCUAUUCAAAAGGAGGGCUUACUGAGUCUGUCUCCCCCAAAAUGGAGGAGACCAACCCAGGACUUCCUGAGAAUACAGGGGAGCCUUUCAUCAAAAGCACCUUCAGUCCAGAAAUCCCCAAGAGGCUUGGUGCACCCUGUCCCCACCCCCUUUUACUAACCGACUUGGAACCCUCCGACCCCACGGUGCGGGAAGAAGCUACUCAGAGGUCGACGGAAGCCCACCGGCGACCCUCCCUGGGAUCCCGGCAGGUCCCAGAGCCUCUCGGAACGCCCUGUAACGGCGCAGAGCGAGAGCAGGAAGGCGAGCGCGGAAGGCGACCUUGGAACAUCUUCUGGGGCCUGGGAGGCAGCGGCUGGACCCUCCUCCCAGCCUCGCUGUCUGGGCCGAAUUCCAGGCCCACGACGUCCUCGGGAAGUCCCCCAGCCCCGCCGGGACCAGGGCCGAGUCGCACCCCGGUGUUCAGUCGGCCGACCGCCGUCCCCCUCGCUCCGACUGGCUUCGCGAAGCUGCCGGUGCCACGACAGCGACACGACACGGCCCGGGCACAGCGCCAGCGUGUGACCCCGCGAAGCUUCCGGUCCCCGGAGCCGUUUCUAAUCCGAGCCGCGACGCAGGCCGGGGGCCCGCGCAGCCCUCCGCCAAGCCGCGCGCGCCCUGGGGGCUCGGGCCGUGAGACCCCGCUCUCCCGGCCCCUCCACCCACUGCAGGGCGCGCACGUGCCAGGUGCUCCGGGACGGUUCCCUGAAAGGUGCGGGAGCCCCGCACGCCACGGGGCCCGAGUUCCCAUCCCGGGUCCACCCGAGUCGCAGUCUGGCGCCUCUGUUCCUUGCCUGUGA